GUUGGGGCGGGCGGUGUCUGUCCAGAGCCGUGCCGGGUCCCUGUCCCGGUCUCCCUUGUCCCGGGCGGGCAUGGCGGACGAGGGCGCGGUCACGGUCUGCGUGCGUGUGCGGCCGCUCAUCGCCAGAGAAAAUGCUUCAGGAGAUAAAGUGUCCCUGCAUUGGAAGAGCGAAAAUAAUACUGUUUCCGACGUGAAUGGUACCAAAAUAUUUAGUUACGAUCGUGUCUUUCACUCCAGUGACAACACUCAGCAGUUAUAUGAUGGUGUAGCUGUUCCAAUUAUACAGUCAGCUGUGCGAGGUUAUAAUGGCACAAUUUUUGCUUACGGACAGACUGCUUCAGGGAAGACUUACACAAUGAUGGGAAAUGAAGAUUCUGUGGGCAUUAUCCCUAAGGCAAUUCAACAUGUUUUCAAAAUUAUUUGUGAGAUCCCAGAUAGAGAAUUCUUGCUAAGAGUUUCUUACAUGGAAAUCUAUAAUGAAACCAUUACAGAUUUGCUUUGUGAUAGUAGGAAAAAGAAGCCUCUGGGAAUUCGUGAGGACUUUAAUAGGAAUACAUAUGUAGAAGAUCUGAUUGAAGAAGUAGUGGUUGCCCCAGAACAAGUUAUGGAAUGGAUAAGAAAAGGAGAAAGAAAUCGUCAUUAUGGAGAAACAAAAAUGAAUGAACACAGCAGCCGUUCUCACACGAUCUUCAGAAUGAUCAUUGAAAGCAGAGAACGAAGUGACCCUGCAAAUGCAAACUGUGAUGGAGCAGUCAUGGUUUCCCACUUGAACUUGGUAGAUCUGGCAGGCAGCGAAAGAGCUAGUCAAACAGGAUCUGAAGGUGUCCGAUUGAAAGAAGGCUGCAAUAUAAAUCGGAGCUUGUUCAUUCUGGGUCAAGUUAUCAAAAAACUUUGUGAUGACCCUUCUGGCUUCAUAAAUUACAGAGACAGCAAGCUGACUCGAAUUCUGCAGAACUCCCUUGGAGGAAAUGCUAAAACUGUUAUUAUUUGUACAAUUACUCCAGUUUCUUUUGAUGAAACACUCAGUACUCUUCAGUUUGCCAAUACAGCCAAAGGAAUGAAGAAUACACCAAAAGUCAAUGAAGUACUUGAUGAUAAUGCCCUCCUGAAGAGAUACCGAAAAGAAAUUGUGGACUUGAAAAAGCAGCUGGAGGAAGUGUCUGUAAAGACUCAAAUUCAUGCAAUGGAAAAGGACCAAUUGGCCCAGCUGCUGGAAGAAAAAAAUUCUCUCCAGAAAGUACAGGAAGACAAGAUACGAAAUUUAACUGAGAUGCUGGUGACCGCUGCUUCCUUUGCCUCAAAAGACAAUGUUAAAGCCAAGAGAAGAAGAAGAGUUACUUGGGCUCCUGGUAAAAUAAAACAGGCAAAUGUGAGCUAUUUUGAAGACUUUGAAAAAGACAUGCCGACUGAAACAAAAAAAAUGAAAAUGUCUCUGUCAGCAUUACCAGAUGCAGACGAUUCUAUGUUAGAUAAUUCUGAAUGUGACAACCAAUCUCUGAUGGUUCCUGAUCAAAUUUCAGAAGUAGAAUGGAUCGCUGGACCUAAAAUGACUUGGACUCAAAAAGACUUUGAAGAAUCUGUGCAACUCUGUGAAGCAAUAGCACUUGAAAAGGAUAUUGCUGUAAAUAAGGCCAGCGUCCUGCAAGCUAACCUGGAUAACCUAGUGUUGGAAAAUGAGCAGUUGAAAUUAGAAAUAAAUGAAAUAAAGGAGAAACUGAAGGAAAAAAAAGAAAUAGAUGAAUUUGAAGCACUGGAAAAACAAACUCAAAAAGAUCAUGAGAUACAACUAAUGCAUGAAAUUACCAACUUAAAGAAUCUAGUUUCAAAUUCUGAAGCAUACAAUGAGGAACUUCAGGCAGAAAACAAUUCAAAAUCAGAACAGCUGAAAGAGAAAGACAACAAAAUAAAGAUAUUACAGAAUCUUGUGGAAGAAUUACAAAAAGCAAGAGUGGAAAAAGAGCUAUCUUUUUCAGUGGGAGAUUCUGAUAAGCUAGUUGAGGAAAUUCAGCAGCUGAAUAAAUCCCUCUUAGAUAGUGAAGCCAUAGCCUUGGAUGCCAAAAAAGAAUCUGCUUUUCUCAGAACCGAAAAUUUGGAACUGAAGGAGAAGAUGAAUGAACUCUUAAAUAAUCACAACCAAAUGCAAAAGGAUGUUCAAUUAUAUCAAAGCCAAAUAGAAGCGGGAAAAGCCAGUUACCGAAAAAUGCAAGCUGACUUGCAGAGAGAGUUGCAAUCUGUAUUUCAAGAAAACUUAAGACUAACUUCACUCAUGGAGGGUAAAGUUCCAAAAGAUUUGCUCACUCCUAUGGAGCUGGAAAAAAAGGCACCUGACUUAAAAGGAGAACUAGAAAAAGCUUUGAAAGAGAAUGCACUUCUACAAAAACAAGUAAACGAGCUAUCAGAAUUUCAGUCUCUACCAAAUACUGUGGAGAUGCAGAAGAAAGAGAUUCUCGAAAAAUGUGAGGAGUUAUGUUUAUUAAAAUUGGAAAAUGAAAAGCUGCUUUCUGAAGUGGCUGAUAAUGAAAUUAAACUUAAACACAUGACUGAAGAAAUUGAAAAAUCAAAAGACGAUCUAGCAGAUGCACAACUGAAAUAUAUGAAGUCUGAUCAAGAAUAUGUGGCACUUAAACAGCUCCAUGAAGAAAUGGAACAAAAAUACAUAGCUACAUCAGAAAAUAAUGAAAAAAUGAAGCUCCAAAUAGAAUGUCUUUCUAAAGAAGCACAAGAGUCUAAAACAACUUUGGAUGAAAUUAAAUUAGAGCUCUCGAGCAAAAUGAAAGAACUGGAAGAAAAAACAGCAGAACAAAAACAACUUCUUGAGCUAAGAGAAGAUUUUAUUCAGACUCAGCAGAAGUUAAAUGAAAUGGAGCAAUUAAAAGUGGAAGAAAGGAUGAGUGAAUUGAGACUGGAAGCUAAGGAUUCAGAGAUCCAGGCAGUUCUUCAGCAGCUAACUGAAUGUCAGGAAGAAAUAAAAACUCUAACCCAGGAAAAAGAUGACCUGAAGCAAAAAGCAGAGUCUCUCCAAGCUGAGACAGACCAACUCAAAGAGGAUAUAAAGGACACUGUUUCAAUGAACAUCUUGGCACAUGAAGAACUGAGAAAUACGCAAAGUUCUCUCAAGCAAUCCCAGGCCACUGUCAAGAAGUUGGAAAAAUAUAUUUCUGAAAACGAAUCUCAUGUUUUGAGUGUUGAAGAGGCACUAGGAAAGACCAUUAAAGAACUCGAAACACAGAUCUCACAAAUGACAGAAGAAAUGAAAGUCAUCAAAUCAGAGAGAGAUCAGCUUGCUGAGGAAAAAUCACAAAGUCAUAGCUGGAGAGAAAGUGAUCAGCUUCAGGAGCAAAAGGAACAAAUCAUUUUCCUUACACAAGAGAACCGCUCAUUGCAAGAGAAGCUGGACAGUUUACAUCUGAGAAAAGAAGAGGGUGGGGAAGGAACUUGGGUACCACAGGUCCAAGAAAAAUCUCUUGAGCAAGAGUUACUUGUUCUGAGGGAAGAGCUCAGCCAGGCACAAAGGAAAUUGCGUGAAAUGGAGGAAGCGAAGGCCAGUGAAUACGAAGGAGAAUCUGAUAAAAUGGGGAGAAGAGAUUUUAUUCCAGAACUGCAUGACUGUCAGGAAGUGAGCACCCAGACAGAAAGAGAAGAGGAUGAUCUUAAAAUGCAACUGGAAAAUCUCCAGAACGAGAGAGACCAGCUAAGAGAAACUGUAGAGGAGACACUAAGAAAGAAUUCAGAGAUGCAGAAGGAGUUGCAGUGUACUCACAGAUCUCUUGGACAACAUCAGGAGACUAUUGUGGAGCUGAAAGAAAACAUUUCAGAGAAAGAAAAUCAACUCUCGAAAGCGCAAGAGGCAUUGAAGGAAAAAACUGAUGAACUGCAGCAGAAGCUCACUGAAGUAACUGAAAGGCUGACUCAUGUCUCAUCUGAAUAUGGCAAGCUACUGGCAGAAAAAGAACAAAUUGAAAGGACAAUGAAUGAGCAAGUUUGUCAGCUACUUGAGAAAAUCACUGUACUUAGUAAGGAGAAAGAUGAGCUGCAACAAAUGGUGGAGACUUGUAAAGAAAGGGAAGAACAUUUGUUAAAGGUCCAGAGACGGUCAGAGAUUUUGGAGGACAGCCUUACAAGCAAGAUCUCACAAAUGACAGAAGAAAUGAAAGUCAUAACAUCAGAGAGAGAUCAGCUUGCUGAGGAAAAAUCACAAAGUCAUAGCUGGAGAGAAAGUGAUCAGCUUCAGGAGCAAAAGGAACAAAUCAUUUUCCUUACACAAGAGAACCGCUCAUUGCAAGAGAAGCUGGACAGUUUACAUCUGAGAAAAGAAGAGGUUGGGGAAGGAACUUGGGUACCACAGGUCCAAGAAAAAUCUCUUGAGCAAGAGUUACUUGUUCUGAGGGAAGAGCUCAGCCAGGCACAAAGGAAAUUGCGUGAAAUGGAGGAAGCGAAGGCCAGUGAAUACGAAGGAGAAUCUGAUAAAAUGGGGAGAAGAGAUUUUAUUCCAGAACUGCAUGACUGUCAGGAAGUGAGCACUCAGACAGAAAGAGAAGAGGAUGAUCUUAAAAUGCAACUGGAAAAUCUCCAGAACGAGAGAGACCAGCUAAGAGAAACUGUAGAGGAGACACUAAGAAAGAAUUCAGAGAUGCAGAAGGAGCUGCAGUGUACUCACAGAUCUCUUGGACAACAUCAGGAGACUAUUGUGGAGCUGAAAGAAAACAUUUCAGAGAAAGAAAAUCAACUCUCGAAAGCACAAGAGGCAUUGAAGGAAAAAACUGAUGAACUGCAGCAGAAGCUCACUGAAGUAACUGAAAGGCUGACUCAUGUCUCAUCUGAAUAUGGCAAGCUACUGGCAGAAAAAGAACAAAUUGAAAGGACAAUGAAUGAGCAAGUUUGUCAGCAGCUUGAGAAAAUCACUGUACUUAGUAAGGAGAAAGAUGAGCUACAACAAAUGGUGGAGACUUGUAAAGAAAGGGAAGAACAUUUGUUAAAGGUCCAGAGACGGUCAGAGAUUUUGGAGGACAGCCUUACAAGCAAGAUUCAACAGUUAACUGACACACUAAAUAGUGUAUCAUGUGAAAAAGACCAGUUAUUAGCUGAAAGAACUAGUCACUCUUUCCAACUUAGAGAACAAAUUGCAUCAGUUAAUCGAGAAAAAGAUGAGCUACAAAAACUUCUUCAGGAACAAAUUGCAUCAGUUAAUCGAGAAAAAGAUGAGCUACAAAAACUUCUUCAGGACGUCAGGACUGAGAGGGACCAGCUCAAGACAGAAUUGCAAAGAAAUUGUGAGAUGUGUGUUGAAACAAAUGUAAAACUGGAACGUGCUUUAGACCAACUGAAGCAGAGAAACCUGAAUGAUAUGUCCAUUCAGGUAAACUCAGUGGCUACUGCAGAGCAGGUGGCUGAUGACAGCCUGAAGGAAAAAAGCUUGAACAUUAAGGAGCUUCUUGAGAAAUUCUCAAAUAUGGGGAAGAGGUGUGAAUGCCUCUCUACAGUGUCUCUUAAGCUGAAGAGUGAACUGAAUAGUCAGAAAGCACUGAUAGCUGUGAUACUGCCUCAGCUUUCCUUGGUACAGAGUAAACAAGUCAAAAGACUUCAAACUGAAAAUGAGAAACUAAACGGUCAUCUCCAGAGUUUACUGAACAAACUGAAGUUUAUGUUCAGUCGUGUUUGCACAAAGAAAAGAGACUAUCAUACUACUGUUAACAAGUAUAAAAUGGAAUUGCUUGAGGAAAAGAGAAGACAAGAUCAUCUACAAGCCGAGAUUCAGUAUCUCAGGAAGAUUCAUUUGAACCAGAAUGAAAUACCAUCUCAAGAAUUAAACAUCAGUGAAGGGCUGCAGAGUUUCCACUUGGAUGCAGAGAGCAUUCUCAAAGACGUAUCAGAAAUGGAAAGUGAACUUCUCUGUAUAGAAGCAGAAUUACAGCAGCAAGAAAGUGCUAGAAAAGAAACAGUACAGUUCUGGGAAGCUUGUUCAGGAACUCACUGUAAUGCAGAGGAACUGGAAGAAGAGUUAAAGAAAGAUACUGAAAGGCUUUUGCAAGUCAUUAACUUCUGGACUCCUAAAGUAAAGAUGCUCCUUCAGCUUUCUUCAGAACUGGAUGCCAGAACUUCCAAUGACAGCAAAAAUGCUGAUGUUGAAUUGAAACAGAGAAAAGAGAAAAAUGAAGAGUUGCUUCAGGAUCUAAACACUCUAAAAGAAAAACUGGCCCCUGAUAGCUCUGCCAGUCUCAUGUUAAAAGAAGAAAACUAUAGGCUUCAUAAUAAAUUAAAGGCUGCAGAACAAAAUGUAAAGGCUAUGGAAGUAAAAAUUCAGAAGUUGGAAAAUGUAAUAAAUGAAGUAGGAGAAAAUGUCAAAGAGAAAGAUGACAGAAUAAACAAGUUACAAGCACAGAUAAGUAUAAAAACAGAGACAAGUGAGCUCACCCAACUGCAAGCCAAACUGAAUGAGAUGGAUAAGUGCCUCAGGACUGCCUUAACAGAGAAUCAGAGUCUUCAGGCAAAAUUAGAUAAAGGUUCUGAGUUGUACAAAGAAGAAAUUGAUCAUCUCAAAACACAAUUGGUAAAAUGUGAUAUGGAAAGAAUGAAACAAUCCAACUUUUUUGAAAUGAAACUUGCUAAUUAUAAAGCUCUGUCAGAACACCGAGAACAAGAGUUAACAAAGCUAAAAGAAGAACUCAGAAGAGCACACCAAGACCAAGAUGUUACUGUGCUGAAAGAAGAAGCUCCUCAGCAAUCCCAAAUACCCCUUACUUGUGGUGGUGGCAGUGGUAUUGUGCAGAGCACACAAAUACUCGUGCUAAAAUCUGAGCAAGCUAAGAUACAGAAAGAAAACUUGCACCUGAAGAAACAAAAUGACCUUCUACUAAGUAAUGAGCGUCAGCUGAAAGAGGAACUCAGGAAAUGGAAAGAAAGAGCACUAAAAUGGAGAGAACGAUCCUCAAGAGAAAAUACUCGAGAGACAAUACCACAGUCUCCAAAAAAGACAGUAUCAUAUUUCUUUAAAGAACAAAUGCUUUCACCCUCCAAGGAACCUGUUUCUCAGGAAAUUGUGACUCGGGACCUAUCAAAACCUCUGCCACUGAGUUGUCCAACAAAUUUCUUUGAUAAUUCCAACCUCGGUAUGCUAACAGAUACAUGUCCUGCGGCCACACAGUCCACAGAAGAACAUCUUAAGCACUUGUUUGGGACUUCAGACAAAGAUAAGGCCCCUGAUUGUAGCACCCAGUAAAGGUGCUGUGUUGGAAGCUGCCUUUGCAGUGGCUACAGCCAGAAUCUGCAUAUACAAAAGAUAAUUGCUUCGGGUUAAAAGCCAUCAGCCUCUUCCAUC